CUUUUCUUGACCUCGGAAGUUUACAUACCCACCUACCUAGAGAAAACACCAGUAUCAUGAAGACCCCACUUUUUGCUGCAGCGAUUACAGCUCUCGCGGCACCGGUUGUGUUCGCCCAAGAGCGCGAUCCUACCAGUGAAAUAUACACCGACCCCUCCUCCAACAUUACGUUCAACACAUGGUCGCCGACGCCCUUUGUGACGAUUGGUGUGGCAUUACCCCCAGAUGCAUUGGAGGCUGAUGCAGAUGAGUUUGUUGGGCUGAUCGCCUGCUCCGAUCCCGCCGGAUGGUGCGGCGUUUCUCUUGGGGGCGGCAUGGUGUCCAACCUCCUUGUGUUGGCCUACCCCUCCCCUUCUAACCCGGACGAGAUCUUGACCUCGCUCCGUUGGGCGUCCGACUAUGGUCCCCCCAUCGAGCCAUACAACGGUGACGCCAAGCUCGCUCAAAUAUCGUCCACCUUGAACGCAACGCACUACCAGGUUUCGUUCCGUUGUGAAAAGUGCUUGGGAGAGUGGCGCCACGGAGAGGAGCAGCAAGGCGGCUCGUUUCCCAGCAGUGGCGGGUUCCUGCUGUUUGGGUGGUGUCAUGCCUCGAGCGCACCAUUCGGGGAGGCCGAGUGCGCAGACAAGGCCGAGAUGAGCCAGCAUGACAGCCAGGGUCUCUUCGGUGCUACUGUGACCAGCUUUACACUAGCUUCAUCCGCGGAGGAAUAUGCUUUGUGGGCCGGGAAGGCGACUGGAGGGGCUGUGAACGGUGAGUGUGUGGUGUGAUGUGUCGAAGGGUGGACUUGGCGAAGUCUAGAAAUGUCUAAAAUAUAAAGAAGUAAUCAUUCCUCAACUCUGGAACUUGCUGUUCGAUCUCUUUGAUUACUGUACCUAACCCCUUGUGCGGUUAGAGUCAAGUUUCUUGCGUUGUCGUGGCCUGCAAGACCGUCACAAGGACUUGGCAAUGUUUGG